UCCCACCACUGGCUAUGGCUCUGCCUCCUCUCUCCCUCUGGCUCUCCUCUCAGAGCAUUGCCCCUACUACCCACGCCUAAUCCGUAGUCUCCGUGUCUCCCUUUCCCGCCGCAUCUGAGAUGACCUGACCACGCCUGACCUGACCUGACUUAACCGACCCAUCUUCCUCCGAUAGCAGCAGCCACCCUCUUCUUCCUCUCCGUCUCCUGUACACAGUAGAACUCAAGAACCAACUCCUUUCACCCUCUUAUUCAGUGUCGAAACAAAUCAUCAGGACGGCGUGAUCAAAUCCCUUUACCUAGGUAGUCUUGCCAGACUCACCCGCCGCCCGCCUGUACUUCGUUACUCACGCAAAAUUUCUUCACUUCUGGUCCGAGAGUGAGGCUCACUCGGAAAAUUUCACUGACCCGACUCUCAACUUGGCCUUCUUCCGCUUUCCAUCCAUCCACGAACUUUUGUCAGCAUCGAGCACCAGAUUCCCGGGGUCGUGGUAUCUCUUGUCGGCGUUCACCUGAAAUCUUUGCCAAGGUCGACUUGAACAUAUCUCUUGGCUCUCACCGUGACUUGGGCUCAAGCUUGGCGCGACGACGAAACAACAAUGUCUGAACUAGGCGAAACCAGCACCACUUCAAACCUCCCUGCGCCUCAGGAUGUGACCGCCACCUCACAACCACAGCAGCAACAAGGUCAACUGCCUCAACAGCCUUUGACCCAAACUCCUCAACAACCCGCACCCAGUGUCAACGCUGCCGGCGAGAACCUGCAGUGCCAGUGGCAAGGAUGCGGCGAGCGCAGCCCAUCUGCAGAAGCUCUCUACGAGCACGUCUGCGAACGUCAUGUUGGUCGCAAGUCAACCAACAACCUCAACUUGACCUGCGCCUGGGGUCAGUGCCGUACCACCACCGUCAAACGUGACCACAUCACCUCCCACAUCCGAGUCCACGUCCCCUUGAAGCCUCACAAGUGCGAAUUCUGCGGCAAGGCAUUCAAGCGACCGCAAGAUCUGAAGAAACAUGUCAAGACUCACGCUGACGACAGCGUCAUCAUGCGCUCUCCCAACCUAGAUUCCAAUGGAGGACAACGUUCACAAAACGGCAUGCCUUCAGGUGGGGACUACAACGCCUCAUACUAUGGUCACGCUUUGACAGGACAAGUCGGUCAAAACUAUUAUGCUCCUGCGAUGCCUGGUCCAGGUGAUUACACUGGCCAGCAUCACCCCAACCAAUAUUACCAGCCACAUCCACCGGUUCAGCACCCCGGCUAUGGCCCCGUGACUUACUACAGCACCGUGCCUCCGACCACUUAUGACUACGAAACUCGCAAGCGUGGCUAUGAUGCGCUUGACCAUUUCUUCGGGCAGGUCAGACGUAGAGAGCUUGAUCCUGCUAAUUUCCAGAAUAUCAGCCGUCGCCUCUUUGAGCUCCAGGGUCUUCAACUCCCCCAGAUCAUUCCGACCAGUCUUGCAGUCCCUGCCUACCAGCCUGUCUCGGUUGGUGGCGGCUACGAGUCCGAAGAUCCCAUCCAAGCCUACAGUCUACCACCCAUGGGGAACGCAAAGACUCGUGGCGAUUUGACCUCGAUUGACCAGAUCCUCGAACAAAUGCAAGCUACCAUCUACGAAAACGAUACUCACCUUGGGUCUUCUGGUGUCGGCCAAGCCGGCCCUGGAUAUGUCGCCUACCGCACCAGCAACAGUCCACCCGGCGCUGCUCAAGUUCCAACCACCGCAGCUCACAGCAAUCCCACCGCUCUCCUUCAACAUCAGCAUCAAGGCAGUAUCGCCAGCGCCACGGAUGCCAGCACUCCAGGUCUGACACCACCAUCAUCUGCUCAGAGCUAUACUUCAGGUCAGAGCCCGUUGCAAGGCCACGCAGCGCCAACCAGCAGCGCCAUGUACCCCAGUUUGCCAUCCAAUGCCAGCGACAUGGCCUAUGCUGCUGCCAACUCUGCCACCCUGAGCGGCAUGUUCGACAACGACGAGCGUCGCCGAUACAGCGGUGGCAUGCUUCAGCGCGCAGCUCCCGCCAAGGAUAAGGAUGAUAUGGACAUUGUCACUGACGGCUCCGUGACUCCGCCUGCAUCAGCGAUGAACAAGCAAGCCAAGGGCAAGAAGAAGGCCGGCUCUCCAGAAGAUAGUGUCAUCGACCCGGCUUUGUCCGCUGCCGAGGUUGGUACACCCAAGAGCGACUCCAAGGAUCCUGAACCGGGUGAGGUCUGGGUCCAGAACAUGCGACUGAUCGAGUGGAUGCGUGACCUGAUCAAGAAACGGCUCGACACCGAACAAUUCGACGAUGAUGACAAGACUGUCACACCAAAGGCCGAGGGCGGCCUGGACCACGAGAUGACUGGCACGGAUGAUCACAAGCAUCGGUCUGAGGAGGAGCAACUCUACCCGGUGCUGAGACAUGUUGAGGAGAGCGCUUGAGAGGAGCUUCUUCGCACAUGGCGGCAUCGCUAUCCAUAGUAUGCCGAAUAUUGUAAGGGUGAAUGAUGUGCUACGACUUCGGGGUGUCCAAAACGGGGGUCGGAGUUUCUGUGUCUGGAUGAUCGCUAACGGCCGACGGGCUGACACGGCGAGGGUUUUAUGGGAGUAUAGUUGGCGUUGAGAGAGUUGUGAAAUCGCACGAGCUUCAAAUUGGGCUGGACUUUUUCAGAAGGGGUGCCCGCCUCGCGUAGUAGAGAAUCGGGAUGGGUCUCGUACGUAUUACUUUUCUACCUCCGACGCCCAAAAAACAUUUUGUCGAGAUUGCGAUUGCGAUUGCGGUUGCGGUUGCGAUUGUAUGCUGUGGUUUGGUAUGGAUUGAGGUUCGGACUCUCAAAGUAUGAGGUUGAUACGCAGUCACGGCAGUGUAGUGAAGCUCGAAGUACUGGGUAGGUGAUAUGGUAGGGACAUGGGACACAGGCCAUAGCCACCUGCACACUGGUGCGCAGACUUGGGUGCAUUGUUCAUUUUCAUUUUCUUGUUCAUUUUCA